AUGACUCCAUACGAGCUUCCUGAUGGCCAGAUUAUUGAAGUUGGAUCAGACAGAUUCAAAAUUCCUGAUAUUCUUUUUAAUCCAUCUCUAGUUCAGACAAUCCCUGGCAUGGAGAGUUUUGCAGAAAUUGCUCCUUCAAUACGAAAUCUUCCCAAAAUGAUCAUAGAGAGCAUUAAUAAGUGUGAUGUGGACAUUCGUAGAGAACUAUUUAGUACCAUACUGCUUACUGGUGGUACAGCUUCUAUGCACCAACUAAAGGAACGGAUUGAGAAAGACUUGCUGGAGGAGUCCCCUCAAGCUGCUAGAGUAAAAGUAUUUGCCAGUGGAAAUGCUACUGAAAGAAGGUUCAGUGUUUGGAUCGGGGGGAGUAUAUUGGCUUCUCUUGGCUCCUUCCAGCAGAUGUGGUUUUCCAAAUCUGAGUAUGAAGAGCAAGGUGCUUCUUAUAUCCAAAGAAAGUGCCCUUGA